GCACGCCCGGCGCCGCCUUCCGCGCUGUCCCCGGGCUCGGCCUCGGCCAGGACUGUUGGAGCGCGGCCGGUGCCCCGGCUCUCGGCGAGCGCGGCGCGGUAACAAGUGGGCGAGGAUGCCGUACGAGAUCAAGAAGGUGUUCGCCAGCCUCCCCCAGGUGGAGAGGGGCGUCUCCAAAAUCCUCGGCGGGGACCCGAAGGGCAACAAUUUCCUGUACACCAAUGGCAAGUGCGUCAUCCUGAGGAACAUCGACAACCCAGCCAUUGCGGACAUCUACACAGAGCAUGCCCAUCAGGUGGUGGUGGCCAAGUAUGCGCCCAGUGGAUUCUACAUUGCAUCUGGAGAUAUCUCUGGGAAGCUGAGGAUCUGGGAUACCACUCAGAAGGAGCACCUUUUAAAAUACGAGUAUCAGCCUUUUGCCGGGAAGAUCAAGGACAUUGCCUGGACUGAGGACAGUAAAAGGAUUGCCGUGGUUGGGGAAGGAAGGGAAAAGUUUGGAGCUGUCUUCCUGUGGGACAGUGGCUCUUCGGUAGGCGAGAUCACAGGACACAACAAAGUCAUCAACAGUGUGGACAUCAAGCAGAGCAGACCAUACCGGCUGGCCACGGGCAGCGAUGAUAACUGUGCUGCGUUCUUUGAGGGGCCCCCCUUCAAAUUCAAGUUUACAAUUGGCGACCACAGCCGCUUUGUCAACUGUGUGCGCUUCUCUCCAGAUGGGAACAGAUUUGCCACGGCCAGUGCCGACGGCCAGAUUUACAUCUAUGAUGGGAAGACGGGAGAGAAAAUAUGUGCGCUUGGAGACAGCAAGGCCCAUGAUGGAGGAAUAUAUGCCAUUAGUUGGAGUCCUGAUAGCACCCAUUUGCUUUCUGCCUCUGGAGACAAAACUUCCAAGAUUUGGGACGUUAAUGUGAACUCUGUCGUGAGCACGUUUCCCAUGGGCUCCAACGUCCUGGACCAGCAGCUGGGCUGCCUGUGGCAGAAGGACCACCUCCUCAGCAUCUCCCUGUCUGGGUACAUCAACUACCUGGACAAGAACAACCCCAGCAAGCCCCUGCGGGUCAUCAAGGGUCACAGUAAGUCGAUACAGUGUCUGACUGUGCACAAAAACGGUGGCAAGUCCUACAUCUACUCUGGGAGUCAUGAUGGACACAUUAAUUACUGGGAUUCUGAGACGGGAGAGAACGACUCCUUCUCUGGGAAAGGCCACACAAAUCAGGUGUCUAGGAUGGCGGUAGACGAGUCUGGGCAGCUGGUCAGCUGCAGCAUGGAUGACACUGUGCGAUACACCAACCUUACACUGCGGGACUACAGUGGACAAGGAGUUGUGAAACUGGAUGUUCAACCAAAGUGCGUAGCUGUUGGCCCUAGGGGCUAUACCGUGGUUGUGUGCAUCGGACAGAUCGUCUUGUUGAAGGACCAGAAGAAGUGCUUUAGCAUCGACAACCCUGGCUAUGAGCCUGAGGUUGUGGCAGUCCACCCCGGCGGGGACACAGUGGCCGUUGGGGGCUCGGACGGCAAUGUGCGUGUGUACUCCAUUCUGGGCACCACGCUGAAGGAUGAGGGCAAACUCCUGGAGGCCAAGGGCCCCGUGACGGACGUGGCCUACUCCCACGACGGCGCCUUCCUCGCUGUGUGUGACUCCAGCAAGGUGGUCACGGUGUUCAGCGUGGCUGAUGGCUACUCGGAGAACAAUGUCUUCUAUGGACAUCAUGCAAAAAUCGUGUGCCUGGCCUGGUCACCAGACAAUGAACACUUUGCCUCCGGUGGCAUGGACAUGAUGGUGUAUGUCUGGACCCUGAGCGACCCAGAGACCAGAGUCAAGAUCCAAGAUGCACACCGGCUGCACCACGUGAGCAGCCUGGCCUGGCUGGACGAGCACACGCUGGUCACCACCUCUCACGACGCCUCUGUCAAGGAGUGGACAAUCACCUACUGAGGACGCCUCUGCCCGAAGGGACCGAAUCAGGGACUAGAGUUUAACUGCCGCCAACGUUCUUCUCUAACUAUUUCUGUAACGCGCCCACCCGCUGUCCGCCCCCGUGGGGGGAGGGCCGGUGGCUCCCCUCAUCUCUGCAGGUGUUCGUGUCUGUAUGCGACCUUCUGAAAGCUUUAGACAGUUACAGUUUGCACAUGAAAAAUAAAGCGAGCACUUAAACAAAGUGUGGCUCGUAACUAAAACCCCCACAACUCAAGCAGACCUUGAGAACGCGCGGAACAUUCCAGAGGCAGCUGCCUCCAAAGCACAGAGAUCCGGCUCCAAGGCUCUUGCUGUCAGUAGGGAGGCCGGCCAAGGGGAGCCAUGGCUCCCCUUUUCUACGCAGGCCACAUCUGCACUAGAGAGGGGCAGCGACGCAGGGAGCACGAGGCACUCUAGAGCAGGGGUUCACGCCACAUGCCCGUCCCCAGGCGCCUCCCUGGGCGCCUCCCCGGAUCUCACCGGAAGACAAGUAACCUUGGACCUAUUUCAUUGUCAGCUUUUGUGCUUGGUUUUAAAAAUGAAAUUGUGGGAUAUUUUUUUUUAAGUGUAUCUUAACUGUUGCCUGUCCUUGUCCCCAAGCUGGCACGCUGACAGCACCGUGUCCAGGCAUGACGAGCCCUUUGUAGCCAGACUCUGGUGUUCUGGCUGCCACCAUCACCAUGUUUGAUGUGUCCCUGCCUCCCCCGUCUGCCUCCAAGACCAGGAGAAGGGCAAAGAUGAAAUCACUGUAAUCUGUCGUCAUUUUUACCUUCCUUUUCUUUUUCAGUGCAGAAAUUAAAAGUAAGUAUAAAGCACGGUGAUUUGGAGUUUCUUUGCGUGUGUCGGAGUCACUGGUAAUGUUGGCUGAGAACAAUCCCACCCCUUGCACUUGUGAAAACACUUUGAGCGCUUUAAGAGAUUAGACUGAGAAAUAAUUAAAUAUCUUUUCUCUUG